GGCAGGGUUUCUGAGGCAUUACAGUUAUAACUGCCCCAGAUAUUUCUGGAACUAACAAGAGCACCAAUAUUAAUGGAGCCAAACUUCAUGCUUCACAUUUUCUGUGAGUCUGGCUAGAGGAUGCCAACGGUGGCUUUACUGAGAUUAGCCAGAGCCCUGGAGAGAUCUCUGUCUUCAGUCCCUGUCUGUGCUCUUUUCCAUGCCUGGGUCAAUACUGCUGAAGGAGUCUGAAAAGGAAUUCACUAAAAGAAAGCAGGAAAAUAUAUGGCAAAAUAUGACAGCACACCAAAAUGGCACCCUCUCCACUGAAGCUUCAGACUUCCUCUUGAAUUGUUUUAUCAGAUCCCCCAGCUGGCAGCACUGGCUGUCCCUGCCCCUCAGCCUCCUCUUCCUUUUGGCCAUGGGGGCCAACGCCACCCUGCUGAUCACCAUCCGGCUGGAGGCCUCUCUGCACCAGCCCCUGUACUACCUGCUCACCCUCCUCUCCCUGCUGGACAUCGUGCUCUGCCUCACCGUCAUCCCCAAGGUCCUGGCCAUCUUCUGGUUUGGCCUCAGUUCCAUCAGUUUCCCUGCCUGCUUCCUGCAGAUGUUCAUCAUGAAUUGUUUCCUGGCCAUGGAGUCCUGCACAUUCAUGCUCAUGGCUUAUGAUCGUUAUGUAGCCAUCUGCCACCCACUGAGAUAUCCAUCAAUCAUCACUGAUCAAUUUGUAGUCAAGGCUGCCAUGUUUAUUUUGACCAGAAAUGUGCUCAUGACUCUGCCCAUUCCCAUCCUCUCAGCACAACUCCGUUACUGUGGGAAAAAUGUCAUUGAGAACUGCAUCUGUGCCAAUAUGUCUGUUUCCAGACUCUCCUGUGAUGAUGUCACCAUCAAUCGCCUCUACCAAUUUACUGGAGGCUGGACUCUGCUAGGAUCUGACCUCAUCCUCAUCUUCCUCUCCUACACCCUCAUUCUGCGAGCUGUGCUGAGACUCAAGGCAGAGGGUGCUGUGGCAAAGGCCCUGAGCACAUGUGGCUCCCACUUUAUCCUCAUCCUAUUCUUCAGCACCAUCCUUCUGGUUUUUGUCCUCACACAUGUGGCUAAAAAGAAAGUCUCCCCUGAUGUGCCAGUCUUGCUCAAUGUUUUCCACCAUGUCAUCCCUGCAGCCCUUAACCCCAUUGUUUAUGGGGUGAGAACCCAAGAGAUUAAACAGGGAAUCCAGAGGUUGUUGAAGAAAGGGUGCUAACAAGGACAACUAAAUCUCUGAAUAUCUAAAAUAAGAUAACCUAUUAAUCAUUUAAUGAAUGAGUGGGCUGAAAAUCAUGUCUGUGAGCUAUAACCUCAGACUCGGUACACUGAAUAUGUAUGUGCUUUUCAGAAACAUCAGUUUUAUUAAGUCUAUUUUUCUUUUUGCCCUUUUCUCAGAAAUAUUCUUGGCCCUCUCUCAUUUUAUUUCAUUCUUAUGAUCAUAUUUCAUCCAAAACGUUGACAUUCCUUAAAGCAGAUUUUAAAGUGAAAAAUUUAUGUUUCUGAACACACAGCUCUUAUUAUGUCAUGAAUCUUAUAUUAUUAAAAAUACAACUGUGGUUAUUUUGUUGUGU